CGGCGAGAAAGCCCGGGCGAGAGCGCGCGUGGAGUCUCCGCAUGUGACGUAGUCGUAUAUCUACGGAGAGUCAGAGCUGGUCCGCGAGCGCACGAUCUCUUUUUAAAGAAAUGUCGGGGGACAACGAAGAGACUCAGGCGACCGAGGAGACUCUCGGGGACGACAAGGAAUGUCAGGACAAGAUGAUCAGUCCUGAGAAGGCGGAGGAGGCGAAGCUGAAAGCCAGAUACCCAAACCUCGGGAACAAACCUGGAGGCUCGGAUCUGCUUCGCAAGCGCCUUCAGAAGGGGCAAAAGUACUUUGACUCGGGCGACUACAACAUGGCCAAGGCCAAGGUCAAGAACAAGCAGCUGCCGACGGCCGCACCGGAGAAGACUGAGAUCACGGGGGACCACAUCCCCACCCCCCAAGACCUGCCCCAGAGGAAACCCUCUCUGGUGGCUAGUAAACUGGCAGGCUGAAGCAUGCACCCGUCCCCCCUCCCCCCACCCUGUCCACUCGAGUCUCAGAGCUGUAACAUUACCUCUCCCUCCUUCACAGUACCACCUGUCCUCUGCUUCCCCUUCCCCUGCUCCCUCCCAGUGUCUGGACCCCCUCACAAGCGCCCAGCGAACUGGCUUGCUGACCCCUCCAACCUGUUUGUUUUCACCCCAUCUGGCCCCCGUCUCUGUCUCCCUCCCUGAGCUUUCUGCCUGUUUCUCACUGUCCUCUUGGUUUCUCAUGCUCCUCUGUUUUGCUCUUUACUCCCAUGUAAGAUACACUGAACGUCGGGACAUCAAGUGUGCGUGUGCCGGAGUGGCGGGCCGCUGACGCCUCGGCGCCCGCCGGCCACCCAAAUGUAACGAGCAGCGAAAUAUGGUUUGAGGGCUUUAUGGCGGCGAUCAGAACGACUCGGUGUGGGGAAGUGUACAUAUGGUUUGGCACAGGGGGCAGAUGUCAGUCGGCCUUUUAACAUUUUACAACAGAUUUGUAUUAUCGCUCACUGUAUUUCCUUAUUCUAAAUGAAGCUGUCGGUAUCUGAACGAAUCAUUCAAUAUUGUCAUCGAGGGCCCGUGCAGUGGUGUCAAGACUUUGAUUGUGACUGUCGUAUACAGGCGACCACAUGGUGGCAGCCAUGUGUCAUGCUGAAACGCUACGUGUGACCACAGGGCUCCAGAGGACAUACAGUGAUGAGAUAAACGGACAAACGCACCGGGUUCAACACGGCCGGGGCUCCAUUCCUGUCGUCCUGGAGGUGUGGGAGGAGGAGGAGGGCUGCUGUCUCAGUGACGCAGCGGCGCCCCCUCUUCCGUCCAUCGCCAGGUCUCCACGAGUGGAGCGCCGCCCCGCUCUACGGAAGUCAGGCAACCUUCUAAUUCUGUCAGUACGGACCAGAUCCCGAGUCCUGUGGGGAGAUGAUUCUGGGAGCAGCUCUCGGCUCAUCGGUCAUUUUCACACUUCUAUCUGAAGCAGCUUUACUGUGUAGUGCUUUCAGGUCCUUACUGACUGAACGACGUUGACCUGCCGUGUGGAAAAUUCAAGCUAAACUACAUCUGUCUGAGCUGUGCAUGUAUAUGGCUGCCCUGCUGUCGAUUUGUGCCAUUUUGUUUUGUAAAUAAAAUAGUUUUGCACAAAUGUUUAA